UGACGCAUGCGUAUUGAGCGUCAGCCGCGAAUCAGAAUCAGUCCAACGGAAUCUCAGAAAAGAUACGGCACGAAACGAUACGACGCGAGACGACACGACAUAUACGGCCGACGCAGCCGAGCGGAGAAUCGCGACGAGAGGAGCGACAAAGUAAAGCCUGUCAAUACGCGGGGCCGAAAACGCGUCGACCACCGUUGGCGCUUCGACAGACAGGAGGAGGAGGUGGUGGUGGUGGAAGAAGAGAAGACACCAACAACGCCGUGACUCGUCGUUCCUCGUAAAGUUCGUCUUGGUCCGCCAGUCAGGAUGUCAUCCAAGCCCGUGGAAAAGCCCGAGCAAGUUUUAAUUAUCGAGCCGCAGAGCGAGCUCCGAUUCAGAGGCCCUUUUACAGGAGGUCCAGUCACAUCGUACAUAAAAUUAAUUAAUCCAACGAAUAAAAAAGUAUAUUUUAAGAUAAAGACAACUGUUCCAAAGAGAUAUUGUGUACGUCCAAAUUCUGGAGUCCUCAAGCCAAAGGAUGUCAUUGAAAUAGCAGUAUGCUUACAACCGUAUGAUUUUGAUCCGUCGGAGAAAAACAAACACAAAUUUAUGGUGCAAACCGUAAUAGCACCAGAUGAUGAUGAUGAUGAAUACCCAGUUGAUGUAUGGAAGGAUAUAAAUCCGGAUCAGUUAAUGGAUUCUAAACUGAAAUGCGUCUUUGAAAAUCCCGUGACUAGUACUACUUCUACGGCUAAAACGACUGCAACUACUACGACAACUAAGCCAGAUUCUAAUGCGACUAAUGGAAAGAAUAAGACAGUUGGCGAUUCGGUCAAAUCGUCACCAAAGGUACUUGGUGAGGCAGAGGAGAAGUUGUUAAAGGCUGCACAAGAGGUUAAUCAGCUUAGGGUAGAAGAAAGCACGCUUAGGCAGGAGAAUCUUCAACUUAGGGAAGAUUUAAUGAAGUGGCGAAAUGUAGCGUUGGGCAACGACGGCAACCUUGCAGCAGCUAGAGUUCUAACCUCGCAGAGCAAUAGCCAGUUAUCUCCGACAUCAACUAGUGUCCUCAUCGCCAUUGCCAUGGUCAUAGUCGGUUAUUUGCUGGGAAAACUAAUCUGAACAACUUUUAUCUUAUUGUAUACCUCAGUGUAUCCCCACCGCCCCCAAGUUUUUUUAGCCUGUCUUCUGCCGUCACAUGUCAUCGUUCGAUCGCAGACACAGACUUCAAACAUCGCGUUACUCGAAUGUUCAUAAUAAAUGCUAUAAACAUGAACGGUAGUGGUGUACAUUAAUAGAGCUGCUCGUUACGGGUGUGUGCUUAACCUGAUAAUAUUAGAUUAAAAUUUUUUCAUUUGUCUUUCUAUUUUUUUUUAAGAAAUAAAUUUGAUUAAAGAACGGCUAAAUAACGCUCGGUUUUGUAUUUAUUAUAGUUACGUUUUCGUUCGUGUGUUUUUUGUAAGGGGAUUUUCUCUUUGUAACUUACGCCUGUCUUUGAAACAGGAAUAAAAUGCACUCUUACAAGUAACGAAUAACAAUUUUAUAGUUACAAAAUAUUUAAAAUCGUUAUUCGUUAUUUGUAUUGUUUUAAAAUCGCUGGGAUUUAUAAGUUCUUUUUCGCUGAUUGAUAAGUUCUUUUUCGAAUUUGUAAACCACUCAUUCGGAAUAAGCCGGGCUGUACUAGUGCAAAAGAUCACACACGAACGAGUGAAGGUGCUAUUACUGUCACAUAAAAUAGCAUCUUUCUUUAUAUAUAUAUAUAUAUGACUCUUUCACUACAUGUAUCUUGUACAACUUGGGAACCAGAAAGUGUCGAACCGUUGCUGCUUCUUCGCUCAGUUCGGUAUCAAGCACUAUUCUUAUUCCCCCGUUGCGCAUGUACUGUGUCAUUUGAAAAUACAUAGUCGGGGUCGGAGGGGAAGAAGGGGUUAUCAGAAGCGAGCCUGGCUGAUGAAGAGUAGUGGUUCAUGAUUCAACAAUUGGUUGUGUUGGUCGCUGUGUAAUCGCCAGCAUUGGCUAUAUUAAAUGAAAACAAAAAAAAGAAAAACACAACCGUUAAAAUGCAUUGAAUGAAUUUACUUGACGCUUCAGAGAAAGUGUACUUUUUAUUUCUUUAUGUUUGUCUUACGAAAAUAACGAAUAAAGAUAUGUCUCGGAUAUCAAAAA